AUGCCCCCACCCCCUCCUGCUCCAUCGCAGCUCAUCGUCCUUCCGAUAAGGUUCUCAGUGGUGGAAGUGGGGUUAUACCGAUGUGCUUCUCCUACCGCUUCACAGAUACCUUAUCUCUCAACAUUAGGAUUAAAAACGAUAAUAUCUUUAACACCUGAACAUCCUAUAAAACCUCUUUUAACUUUCGCAAGAGAAAAGGGAAUUCAAUUUAUGCAUAUAGGAACCACUUUAUGGCGUCCAUUAUCAGAUUGGAAACCUAUCCGAGAUGAAAUUGUCAAAUCUGCUUUAGAGAUGAUUUUGGAUAUGAGGUAUCAUCCUAUUUUACUUAUUGAUCCAUUAGGUAUACAUCAUACCGGAUGCGUAGUGGGAGCUUUAAGGAUGAUGCAGGGAUGGAACUUUGCUUCUAUUUUAGUAGAGUACAGAGCUCACUCGGGUCCUUCCAAACAUCGUCUAUCCGAUGAACAAUAUAUCGAAAUGUUUGAUCCAGAUACCAUCAACAUUCCUCCCUUGGAAUGUCUUCCUUGUUGGUUUUCCCCUGAAUCGGGUAGCGAUGUUUCUGAAGAUGAGGAGAUGACGGAGGAAGAGAUUGUUUCCAGUCAAAGUGAACAAGAUCCUGAUAGCGAGGAGAAAAUGUGA